UUUCGUACCCAAAAUCAGAGGAAAAAACUAAUCAAAUACAAAUAUGUCCACAAUUAAUGCUGGGCGCAAGGGAAGCGCCCAGCUCGAGGUCAUGCACAAGGCAGGCUGGAAGAUCGAUGAAAAUGAGAAAGCCUGCUAUAUAGAUAUUGAUGAAGAUAAUGAUGACGAAAAUGAUCAACUGGAUGAAUCGCAGCGCGUCUAUUCCCGAUGGUCCGAACUGCCCAACAUCGCGUUGGAGGAAAUAUUCACCUAUCUCACACCCAAAGAGCGCUACUAUGCAAGCUUGGUUUGCCGACACUGGUACAGAACGUUCUACUUGCCGACGGUGUGGCACAACUUUGUGGUCGAUGAUCGGACGUUGACGCGACCGAAGUACAACUAUUACUCGGGUUGGCAAUACUGUUUAGAUCAUAUGCGUACCCAGAACUGUUUGGCUCGCAUCGGUAAACACCUCAGAGGCAUCGAGUUUCGCCCCUGGCAUAGCUUCAAUAAUAUCUAUCAGUUUAUGACGUUGCUGUCGUGGAGCAUUGAUAAGGGUCUCGAACACAAUCCUCAAUCCGAAUUAAUCGGCAUGGGUCGCUGCAUACGCUCGCUUGUGUAUCAUUUUCCUUGCAAUAUGUCACAGCCGAAUGAUCCCGAAGGCAUAAAACUCUUUGGCACUGGCGGACAGCUGCUGAAGGGUCUAAAGGAACUUCUGCUGCGUCUGACCGAUCUGCAUACUCUGAAAUUGGUCGAUUUUGUUUUAGAACGUUUCGAGGCGAAUCACCUGUUGGAUGAAGUUGUUUGCAGUUGUUGCACCAAAAUGCGUGUCCUUAAUUUGGUGAAUGUGACCACGGUCCACUGUCCCAUCAUGCAUGUAGGAUUGUUUCUCAAUUUACGGGUGCUCACCAUCUCACCACAAAACAUAGACGACGAUGUGCUCUCAUUGCUGGCGGACACGAAGCUGCGUCAUUUGCAUUUGCUGCAAAACUGCUAUACACCCAAUCACCUGACCAUCAGUGCCUGCGGAGUGAAGGCCUGGCGCAGCCUAAAGCUCACCAAUCCACGUCUGCGAGUUCAUCUGCGACUGGAGAAUCUAACGGAUGGCGAGGUUGUGAUGCAACCCGAGGCACCUGUCCACAGCAUCACUUAUUGGGCACCUCGGGCGCGCAUCCGCACCGAGCUGGUAAUCCGCAUGGUGGAUCACUAUAAGAACACUCUGGCGGUCUAUGGGCAUGAACUGUUGCCGCGCUUCAGCAGCCCAAAGCCAUUUCACAAUCGCAUCGACAGCCUGCUGCUGCUGAUGUGUCGUCAGUGCUUCAACGUAGACACACUGAUUAUACGUGAAAAGGUCUCCACAUCGACGCUGUUGCUGAUAGCACGCACUGCCAAGAAUUUGGCAACGUUGCACGUUAGACGCUUCGCUGUCAUCUUGAGGUGCGAUUGGCCAAGGCAUCCAGAAUGGAGCAAUGACUUCUAUUUGUGGCUGAAGCGAAACUCUCGCUCCUAUGAGGCUGUAGAACGAGAAAUCUCACAGAUCCUGGGCUACAAAUGGAAUCUGCUCAGCGAUCACGACUUUAAGCUACUCACAGUGAAUGUUAAGGCGGGCGCGUGAGGUAACGCCCACUUAAAGCAUGUAUAUAUGUUUGUUAAAAGUAAGACUUGUGAUAAAGGGUGAAGAGCUUUAUUAGUUAUUGACGAUUUGCUAUGCCAAA